AUGUUUUACCCUCACUCCAUUUCUCCAGCUGAACCCCACAAGCCACGCAAGCCCACAAGCCCACAAGCCCACAAGCCUACAAGCCCACAAGCCCACAAGCCCACAAGCCCACAAGCCCACAAGCCCACAAGCCCACAAGCCUACAAGCCCACAAGCCCACAAGCCCACAAGCCCACAAGCCCACAAGCCUACAAGCCGACAAGCCUACAAGCCCACAAGCCCACAAGCCCACAAGCCCACAAGCCCACAAGCCCACAAGCCCACAAGCCUACAAGCCCACAAGGCCACAAGCCUACAAGGCCACAAGCCUACAAGCCCACAAGCCUACAAGCCCACAAGCCCACAAGCCCACAAGGCUACAAGCCCACAAGCCCACAAGCCCACACACACACACGCACACAGACACACACACACACACACACACACAGCCCAAAAUAUGUCUAA